AUAUGUAAUGUAGAUUUAUUUCAUUGUAUGAUGCAAUGUAUCUAGAAAAUUUCACUAGAUAAACUAUCUGUUACAGUAGUUAUCUAAAUAUGGAUUAGAACAUUUUUCCCUAUAAACCCGUGGUUUACAGCAGAAACUCCCACACAUUGAGGAACAAAUUAUUCACCAAUAGCUUUACAAUCUAAAAUGUCUGUCAGAAUGUUUACAGGACUGUCACUAUGUCACGUUAAACCCCCGCCCAUAGCCCAAUCUCUCACUGGACCUGCCCAUGCUGCAUAAACCCCAUGCAGGAAGAAGUUAGUUAGGUGCCUGCCUGGAGUAGGGCACGAUGGCAGAGAGGCUUAUUAACGCGUUCGGUAAUCUGAACCUAGAUGGGCACCCGCAACAAAGAUACCGACAUCGGCCCCAGCAAAAGCAACAACAGAAACCCCCGCAACCUGCACCGCAUCAACACACACCUCGUCCCUCAAGGUUCAACAAACACAUCUACCUUCUGAGAGGGCUCCCGGGCUCCGGCAAGACCAGCCUGGCCAGGAAGCUGAAGCAAGAUUUCCCCAGUGCACUUGUGUUUAGCACUGAUGACUAUUUCAUUAUGGAUGACGGCUGUUAUCUGUUCGACCAAGACUUGCUGCAUGAUGCGCACAAAUGGAAUCAAAAGCGAGCACGCAAAGCAAUGAGGAGAGGGAAUACUCCUAUAAUUAUAGAUAACACAAAUGUCCAAGCAUGGGAAAUGAAACCAUACGUUGCCAUGGCACUUGAGAAUCAUUAUCAAGUCAUUUUCCUUGAACCUGAUACACGUUGGAAGUUCAAUGUUCGAGAAUUAACAAGAAGAAAUAGUCAUGGAGUACCAAAAGAAAAGAUCCAGCGCAUGAAAGAUGUGUACGAACACAAUGUUACUUUCAACACUGUUCUCCAUUCUGAGAAGCCGGUCUGAAACCACAGACACGUUCAACUGAUCUGAAGAACACUGCUUAGCAACAAAGAGACAAACUAAAUUUUUCAUCAAAGGUGCAAAUUAUACUUCAAAACAUUAUUAUAUCCACACAUUCCACUGAUUUAGUCUGAAACCACGGGUUUUACAAGUGUAAAUAAAAAAAACAGACAGGCAGGUGUCUUCACUUGUUACGCAAAGAGGAAGCCCUUAAUUAGCCCACUCUUAAAAUGUAUAGAAAGUGUAUUUCCCCUAGUGGUUUAAAUUGGAUAUUGUUUUUAUUGGUUUAUUUCAACCCAUUCAUACUAAAAGAUGUAGUAAAAAUGACAGUUGAAAGUAUUGUAUAAUGAGGAGGCCUUUUACACAGAAAAUACUCUGAUAUUGGAGGGAGUUCACCAAAGCAUCACCAAUAUUUCUAGAUUUUUGUAAAUAGGCUCCAAAAAAAUUUAUUUUGCAGUUUAGCGCAAUUGCAAAUCUUACAUAAUCGAAGCCACAGUCUGCUUCCAGUAAAUCUAAACUGCCCAUCACCAUCAUUUACCUGUUAGUCAAAUGGUUCUAUGCCAGGGAGCAACAGGUUGCCCUAAUACACAGAAAUACUAAAUGAUUGGGUUAUGGAGGAUGAGGGACGGUAAAAGGGUUGCAGUCUCAGCCAUGUUUUCCUGGAUAGUUAUGGGUUACACAUGCUGCAGGGUGUGCAGAGAGGAACAUAAAUACUGCUCUCCAGACACAAUACAUGUUCCUCCCUGCACACAUGCAUAUGUAACUAAAUUGUAGUGUAAAUAUAAUGUAAUGCGAUCCCUAGCUAAAUAUCACCAUUAGUCACUCAAACACUAUACAAAAAGGUUUGUGCCAAUCAACUCAUAUGUGACAUUAAACAAGCAAUAUGUCUUAUAAAUAUUGUGUAUUAGAUUUGCUAAUAGACAGCUGUGGUGUUUUAGUGGAAGGUCUAAGACUUUCACAUUUGCAUUCAGUAUAAUGUAUAAUGGCUUUUCAUGUCUGAUUUAAAGGGAGAGUAAUAACAAAAGUAAACCUCAUGAUUCAGAUGGAACGUGCCAUUUUAAACAACUUCCCAAUGUACUUCUAUUUCACAUUUGCUUUGCUUUCUCUUGGUAUCCUUUAUUAAAUAGUAAACCUGUGUAGGCUCAUAGGUUUAGAGGCCUUUAGCUCUCUAUGACAAUAGUGUUAGCAACAAUAUUUAUAGUAAUGUGAUUCAAUGCUGCAAACACUGCGGCCAUAGAGCACUAAAGACAUGCAUGCUCCUGAGCUCAUAGAAGCCUACCUAGGUUUAGUAUUUGACAAAGGAUACCAACAGAACAAAUCAAAUUUGAUCAUAGAAAUAAAUUAGAAAGUUGUUUAGAAUUGCAAUUAUGUAUGAAUCAUGAGAGUUUAAUUUUGACUUUACUGUCCCUUUAAGAAAACACUAGUCGUCUUAUUAUUUCAAACACUCAUGUUGUCUUGAGACUUAAAGGACCAGUCAACACAGUAGAUUUGCAUAAUCAACAAAUGCAAGAUAACAAGACAAUGCAAUAGCACUUAGUCUGAACUUCAAAUGAAUAGUAGAAUUUUUUUUGACAAUUUUAAAAGUUUCCACUCCCCCUGUACCAUGUGACAGCCAUCAGCCAAUCACAAAUGCAUACACGUACCAUGUGACAGUCAUCAGCCAUUCACAAAUGCAUACACACUUAUUCUUGCACAUGCUCAGUGGGAGCUGGUGACUCAAAAAGUUUAAAUAUAAAAAAACUGUGCACAUUUUGUUAAUGGAAAUAAAUUGGAAAGUUUUUUAAAAUGGCAUGCUCUAUCUGAAUCAUGAAAGUUUCAUUUUGAUUGAGUGUCCCUUUAAGACUCUGCUUUGCCUCCUAAAAUCUUUAAACAUGUUUCAUACAUAUAAUUGUCAUUGUAUAUUAUAGAUUAAGGUACAGAUGAAAGAUUUAACAUAUAUUACACAUUUUCUGUUAUACAAUUUUAAAGACUCUUUUUCAGGAACAAUUAUUCUGCAUAUUUGUUAUGCAGCUGUGUUCUUACGUUAUCUGUGUUUGAUAUUUCUUAUGUAAUUUCUAUAGAUGAUUAAACAUAUUUUCAUAAAAACCUAGUUCUUACUUACAAAAUCAUUUUAAUACAUUUUAUAUAUAAACAGUUUGAUUUAUUAAACAGUUUAAACAUUA